GUGGAGGCCGGGCCGGGCGCGUGCACGUUCGACGCGCGGCACCUCUACACGCGCAAGGCGUGCGGCCGCGGCUCCGUGCGCGCCGUCUCCUACAACAUCCUGGCCGACGCCUAUGCCCAGACCGAGUUCUCCCGCACCGUGCUGUACCCGUACUGCGCCCCGUACGCGCUGGAGGUCGACUACCGGCAGAACCUGCUGAAGAAGGAGCUGGCCGGAUACAACGCCGACCUCGUCUGCCUGCAGGAGGUGGACAAAUCCGUCUUCGCCGAUAGCCUGGCUCCGGCUCUGGACGCGUUCGGGCUCGAGGGGCUCUUCAAGAUCAAGGAGAAGCAGCACGAGGGCCUGGCCACCUUCUAUCGCAGGGACAAGUUCAGCCUCCUGAGCCAGCACGACAUCACGUUCAGCGAGGCGCUGCUGUCAGAGCCGCCGCACGCGGAACUGCGCGACAAGCUGGGCCGGUACCCCGUGGUGCGGGACAAGGUGCUGCAGAGAUCCUCCGUGCUGCAGGUUUCAGUUCUUCAGUCUGAAACUGAUCCUUCUAGGAAGCUUUGUGUAGCUAACACCCAUCUCUACUGGCAUCCAAAAGGUGGGAACAUUCGUCUCAUCCAAAUUGCUGUAGCUUUGUCUCACAUCAAGUAUGUAGCAUGUGACUUGUACCCUAAUAUACCAGUCAUAUUCUGUGGAGACUUUAAUAGUACACCAUCAUCUGGAACUUACGGUUUUAUUAACACUGGUGGCAUUGCUGAAGAUCACGAAGAUUGGGCCUCUAAUGGAGAAGAGGAAAGGUGCAAUAUGCCUCUAAGCCAUCCCUUCAAACUACAGAGUGCUUGUGGAGAACCUGCAUAUACAAACUAUGUUGGUGGGUUUUAUGGAUGUCUGGACUACAUUUUCAUUGACAGAAAUGCUCUGGAAGUUGAACAGGUCAUUCCAUUGCCAAGUCAUGAAGAAGUAACAACCCAUCAGGCUUUGCCAAGUGUUUCACAUCCUUCAGAUCAUAUAGCACUCGUAUGUGACUUGAAGUGGAAAUAGAUUGGCUUUUGCAUAAUGCUUUUUGGGGUUUUUGUACAAAUUGAUGUACUGUUGAGGAACUGAGGUUCAACCCUGGCUUGUAUGCUACUAAAAUGAGAGUAAUUUAAGAAAAGUGAAUGUGUUUAAUGGUGCUACUGAAGGUUAUCUCACCGCUAACAUGAACUUGUACAACAAUUUCUCCUUUCCCUUUUUAUAUGCCAAUAGAAAAAAAUAUUUCAGCUGUAGAGUUUUGAAAGUUGGAUUGUAUAUCCUUUUACAGGUUUUUAAAGGACUAAAAUUGUUGAAUAUAUGAAUUAAAUCUUAUUUGUAAGUGUACAAACUGAACUCUGAUCAGAACCAGGUGCAGAAUCUGAAAAGAAAUAACCAUGGUUUGGAUUCAUUCAGCUCAUUGUGGUUACUGUCAUAAGAUAGAGCUUUUAAAAUAAACUCAGAAGCUGAGUUUAUCAGCCAGUUUUUUAGCAAGUGGCAUGAUCACUGUACCUGCUGCCUUCUGAAAAAACAUUCUUUAAUUAUCAGUGAAUGGUCUUGUUCAGUCAACAGCUAUGUUAAAUUUAAGAUGAUAAUCAACUUGGAAGCACUUUGCUCGCUCACUUAGCAUGGGUAGUGAGGGUCACUUAAACACUUACUCAAACUGGAUUCUAUAUAUAGGUUGCAUCUACUGUUCCAUCUGUUGUCUAUGGUUAGUAGUAGUAUUUGAGGUUAGGACAGCCAGCUGGGGAUGGGAGGGAACUCUAACAACAUAAUUUAAUAAUCUCUUUUCAGGUGUGGGGAGAUACAGAAUGAAUGAUGUGGUGUAUCCAUCUCUGCCUGCAUUUUUAAAGAAACAAGUUACUUAAAACUUUAUAAUAAGCACUUAUACUGAAAAACACAAAUACUGGUUUUAUUCCUUGUACAUUGUUCCAUGUGGAACUAGUCUAGUCCAGGUAACUUGGAUGCUGGGAAACCUGCUUUAUUGUUAUCUUCAUUGAAUUUGUUGGAAAGGGUAUGAGUCAUUAACUAACUUUUCCUGCAUAAUUAGUCCAUAUGAAACAAUCAGCACUUAAAAACUAUUUCACUACAUCAUCUUUCACCUAAUAAGCUUCCUUUUCUGACUGUGCCAGUUCUCGCUUGAUUUCUCUCCAGUCACAGUUGCCUAGCAUGGCAAAACAAGUCCUAAUGUGAUAGUACAAAAAAAACAAAAAACCCAACAGCUUAACUUUGAAAGAAGCAAAAGAAACACUGUUGUGAUGUAGACACAAGAGUCUACAUUACAACUGUCUACCAUAAAUAUGGUAGAAGACUUAAAAGACUGUUUAAAAAAAAGAAAAAUAGGAGAAUAAAAAUGUAAUUCAGAACUUCUUCCAGUUGGUAAACCUCCAGAAGAUUAAGCUAAAAUCCAAUGCUGUGUUUACUUCAGUUACUUGUAAAACAACACUUGGAACUCUGCCAUCUAUGCUAAUAUUGAGAUGGCCAUGCAGUUCUUAACUAAUGUGGUCGUGCUCAGAUCAUAAUGUUGAGAAGCAAUAUCACCCGAUAAAGGUUUGUGAUAGAAUGCCCUACUGUAAGGGAAGCUAGAAAAGUACUUAAAGGAAGAUGUCGAAGAACUGAAAGCAAAGAGGAUGGCUGAGCCACUUGUUAGUUCACAGAUGAAUUAAAAGUAAAGAUGACUUUGAACAGGUGCCACAACUCAUGCCCCUGUCGUGGUAAAAGAAGCUGGUAGCUGGCUCCAAUUGCUGAGAGAGGUAAGUUUUUCUUCUAAACUUCUUCAUACUGGUAUACUAUGUUGACAGUCCCUACUGUGCUGUGCUCUUCAGAGGCAGUUCCUCUUAAUCCCUGUAAUGGUGUCUGGGCUGCUGCUUUUGUCUCCUUGUAGACAAAGGAGAACACUUGGCUUGUGCAGGAACCAAGUGAUAAGGCAAAAACAGGGUACUGUUACAGGCCCAAUUAGAUGGCCCCUACACAGAGCAGAUAAUCUUUUAAUAUUUUUUGGAAGGAAUUUCAGCUCCACAAGUUAAUGCUGGAGAAUCUUCAGGCCAAGCAUCUCUGGUUUAAUUUAGUAAAAUGCAAUAGCACAGGCUGACUGCCAAUAGCAGCACCGUGUCAGGAGUUAGGCAGGCAUGCCUGGAAGUGUCAGUACUGGGAUGUAGGUUAGGAAAAAGACAAUUCAAAAGAACUUGUGAUUUCUGGGGGAGUGCAGGAAACAAUCCUUUGAUAUUCCUUGUGCUCCCAAGAUGUAUUUACAUCUGUAAGGUUAUACAUGGCACUUCCUACUUGACACAAGGUGAUUUUAGCUUCUUUGUUCCCCCUACAUAUUUGCCUAUAGCUUGCCCAAUUAAUUCUUCCCUGAAUGACUUCUAGAUCCCAUAUUCAUAGAACCCUAUCAAACUUGUCUCCAUUUUAUUUCAUAAUUCUAAGCUUGCGUGUGAUCCAGCAGCUGGAAUUCUCCAUGUCCUCCACAUAAGAAAAGAACCUCCCAGCCACCUCCCAAAAAACAAGCAAUGUUCUCUGCAUUUUUGAAGUACGCUCAUUUGUUAUGCUACCUCCUCAGCUGGCAUUAAGAGAGAACAAGCAUGCUGCUUUCCCUUCUCUAACCAACGGUGCAGAAAAGGAAAGAGCACUGUAACAGCAUAUGCCUCUGACUAGCUUUUUAGGAAGGAGAUUCUUUCUUUUACACUGACUCCCACCUUACUGUAUAAGCUGUAGCCUUCAGCCCCAUCCCUAUUUUAAAAUGAGGCUGAAGAUCUUUACUACUUUGAUUUAGUAAAUCGCUCAUUUUAUAGCAGCAUUACAGCCUACAGGCAGGCAAAGCCAGACACAGUGACCCUUUGCAGUAUCAACUGUUAUUUACAUGCUGUAACAGCAGUGGCUAAACACAGCUUACCUAAGCCAAGUUAGGUUUUAAAAAGCAUUUUAAAGAAUUAAACCAGAAUUAAAAAGACUUCAUCUCCCUAUAUGAAAAAUAAUGUUUCCUUCAAGGUAACAGUCCUCUUUCAUCCAUACUUUUUGUAUUUAAAGUCUACCUCUAACCUCUGUCUCAGAAGAGGCAUUUAAUGUGGAAUUUAGUGUGUCACAAUUGUUUAACUCACUGUAACUACCACUACAGCCCACCUAACAGACCAGCCAGCUCUUCUGAGCAAGGCAUUCCUUCUAAGGUUUAUUUCAAGAAGCUGCUUUACCAGAAACACACUUAUUAACAAGUGCUGAUCCAAUGCACAGAUACAUUGACUUCUGCCAGUGUGUAUUCCACAACUUAUUAAAGCUACAAGCAGAAUGUUACCUUAACUCUAUCUCUUGGGUUUCUGUUACACACCAAGGAGAGUCACUGACUCAUUUCAAGAGCUCUGGAAUUUCCUCCAGUUAUUGAUGCUCACAGUAACUGUUUCCUAGAAACUUCAGUCUCAUGGGUACAGCAGAACCUGCUUGGAAGUUGCUCUUAAUUUAAACCUGCUUGAGCUUAGCAAACUUUGGCACUGGGAUUGCUUGGAGGAAGGACAGCAAGAUCUGAGCUUGUAGGACACGAACUGAGGUCAAAUCUGCCAUGAAAUCAUACUUCAGCUACCUGAAGACAAUUAAGACACAAGAUUGAGCUGUUUGCAUUUGUUUAACAGACAGAAAAAUAGAAAAAGAUUGAAAAGAGUUAAUUUAAGCAUUUUGAAACCAUGCCAGGGAGGGAAGGGACACAGCAGCAACUAUAUAGACCUUAUUUCUGGGGGGUGCCCAUCACCAUUAACACAACGUUGAUUAAAGCCUGUUCAAGUGUUUCACUUUUCAGCUAACCAACCUCCUCCUCCUGCUAAAAACCAAGUUGUUUUUAAGUGCAGAAACAACUACAAGACAGACAUGCAUGCUUCUCAGGCAGUUUGUACUUGUUUUAUUACUGUUUUUGUAACUGUUAGUAUUUUCAUAUCUGGACAACUUAAAAGGAAUUCUAGAUUUACAACUUCAAAAGAUACAGAAUCAUAGGUCUUGAUGACAACUACUCUACUGCACUGUAUACAACUCUGCCCACCUUGUGCCCCACUCUGUACAGCCCCAAACAAGUGAAAAUGAGAUUUACGUUCACAUUCAAGCUGCAAUGAAGCUCAGUUUAUGGAAAAUGAGUAUGUGAUAAGUCACAGCUCAACUACUUAAAAAUCAAGAAGAGCAUACGCAGAACAAUACAUUUUAUCAUUUUAUUAGGAAUAAUUCCAAGUGGGUUAUGAAGAAACUAAUCCAUUGAGUUUGAUGAAUUUUCCAAAAUCUCAUUAUGAAGAUAUGUCCACCAACAAACAGUAAAACUUCAGCAGAACUAUUAUACACUGGGCAAAAAUAGUCAGGCUGAUACCAAAAAGCAACAUGCAACAUAAAAAAAAAAAAA